AUGUCGGACGUGCGUGUGCAAUUUAACAUCCAGUCAGAGUCAGGAACCGAUGAAGAGGUAUUCCUACCCCCAGCACCUCUUCUAGCUGGAGCUCAUGUCUCUGGUCUUCAGUCGUACUGGGAAAAAUACCGCCUUUCCAUCAACAAUUCCGAUGCUUUCUGGAAAAGUGUAGCAGAAGAAUUACAUUUUGCCAAGGGAUCAACAAAGGGCUUGGAGUGGAACUUCGACGCGAAGAAAGGCGACAUUUUUUGCCGGUUUAUGGAUGGAGCGAAGACAAACAUCUCCUACAACUGCCUGGAGCGAAACAUAAAACGGGGUUUUGGUAGCAAGGUGGCGUAUAUCUGGGAAGGAAAUGAACCCUCGGACAAUUUCAAAAUCACCUUUGGCGAACUACACGCUCAGGUGGUUAAUUUUUCUGCCGUUCUUCGUGCUCAUGGAAUACGUAGAGGGGACGUCGUUGCCUUAUACCUCCCAAUGAUUACGGAAUUGGCAGUUGCUAUGUUGGCAUGCGCACGAAUUGGAGCUAUGCAUUCGGUGGUUUUUGCCGGCUUUUCGUCUGCAGCUCUAGGAAACCGAAUAGUUGAUGCGAAAUGUCGUAUUCUUGUCACUGCUGAUGGUUUCUUCCGUGGAACGAAGUACAUUAAUCUAAAGUCAAUAGCAGAUAAAGCCUUAGAGAUAGCACUAGAAGGUGGAGUGAAAGUCGAAUCCAUCAUUGUCGUUAAUCACCAGAAACGGGUUACCAUCCCGAUAGGUUGUGUGGCGCCUGACGUGUUGAUGAAUCCUAUCGAUUUUAGUUAUACAGCUGAAAUGGCUAAAUAUAAGGGGGUUGAAUCACCUGUGGAGUGGAUGGAUGCUGAAAGUCCGCUGUUUCUGUUAUAUACAUCCGGUUCAACGGGAAAACCGAAAGGAAUCCAACAUUCCACGGCCGGUUAUAUGGUAUACGCAUAUUUAACGAUGAAAUGCACUUUUGAUGCUCAUCCAGAAAAGGACAUCUACUGGUGUACCGCUGACUGCGGCUGGAUUACUGGACACACGUAUCUUUUAUAUGGUCCGCUUAUGAACGGUAUGACUAGUGUAUGGUUUGAAGGACUUCCUACUCAUCCAGCACCUGAUAGGCUUUGGGAAAUAACUGACAAAUACAAGGUAAACAAGCUUUAUACUUCGCCGACUGCAAUCCGAGCUUUGAUGGCUUUAGGCGAUGAACAUGUGAAGAAGUUAGUGAAAAUUCUUGGUACCGUUGGAGAACCGAUUAAUCCGGCUGCUUGGUUGUGGUUUUACAACGUGGUUGGUGAGAAGAGAUGUGCAAUAGUGGAUACAUUUUGGCAGACUGAAACGGGUGGCUUUAUGAUAACCCCUUUGCCAGGCGCUACUCCAAUGAAACCUGGAUCUGCUACUUAUCCAUUUUUUGGUGUAAAUCCAGUGAUUCUGGAUUCCGGUGGACGAGUUAUCGAAGGUCCUGGCGAAGGAAAUCUCUGCUUUGAUCGAGCCUGGCCUGGAAUGUUGCGCACUGUGUUUGGCGAUCGUGAGAGAUUCGUGAAAACCUAUUUCACACCAUUCAAUGGGUACUACUUUACUGGUGAUGGUGCACGUCGUGACGAAGAUGGUUAUCUUUGGAUUACGGGACGUGUUGAUGAUCUGAUGAAUGUCUCUGGUCAUCUUCUUUCUACGGCUGAAAUUGAGAGUGCACUUGUAGCACAUAAAAAGGUUGCUGAGGCCGCUGUGGUUGCAGCUCCUCAUGAUAUCAAGGGCUCGUUUCCAUACGCGUUUGUAAUUCUUAAUAGCGGAGAGAAAAUGAACUCGUCACUCAUUGCAGAACUGAAGAACAUGGUUCGCUCUCAAAUUGGAGCAAUCGCUGUUCCUGACGUGAUUCAGUCGGCGCCUGGGCUACCGAAGACCCGUUCUGGGAAGGUGACUCGUCGUAUACUUCGCAAAAUUGCUGAAGGAUGCGAUUCGGGGAUCGGCGACACCACCACACUGGUAGAUGAGGACGUUAUCAAGCACCUCAUUGAUGGUCGUGUUAAUGGCUAA